GAAUGCUGCUCAUAAUGCUGCCAUGAGCUUCUGACUAACUGUCUCUGAGAUUAACACACGUGGCUUCUUACUCCUACAAACAAAUGACGAGCUUGGAGUGCUGUUACCUAUUUUGUCUGAGUUUUAAGAUGCAUUUAAUAUUUGGUAAUAUGUACUGUGUACCAUUUUGUGUUGAUUGAACUUCUGCCAAUAAACAUUGGCUGUUGUGCCAUUUUAGUUUAUUGGUCACAGUUUGUAUUAGUCCUAGUUUGUAUAUGCUUAUCCUUGAGCAUUUUUAAAGGCUUUUCAGUUGGAACAAAUUUAUUUCAUUUGUGCUAAUUGUAAUUGUUUUUACAUGGAACUUGAUUUGUUCUAGAGCUGAUACUGUAAUCAUAUAGUCAUAUUUGAGAUCUGUGCAGGUUGUCCUCAUGAUAGAAGCUUUAGAUCGAAAGUUCUUUGUAGCCGCCUCUGCUCAGAGUUCAUGAUUAUCAGAUGGUGGAUCAGAAUAGUUUGUUAGAAGUUUUAUUCCAGCCAGAGGUAGAGACAGUUGGAUUCUUACACCCAAGUACUUUCUAGAUGUUUCUUAAUUAUCAGUAUAGAAUCUAUUUUUAAAAUGUAGUUAGCUGGGUGUGGUGGCCCACGCCUUUAAUCCCAGUACUUGGGAAGCAGAGGCAGGCAGAUUUCUGAGUUCAAGGCCAGCCUGGUCUAUAAAGUGAGUUCCAGGACAGCCAGGGCUACACAGAGAAACCCUGUCUCAAAAAACCAAAAUAAAAAAAAAACCUGUAGUUGUCCUAAAUGACAGCAUUAACACCUGCUUGGUGCUUCUGCAUUUGUAGAAUCAGUUUCUUGGAGUCCGUGUGUUAUGAAAGAGGGCGUUCUUUAUCAUACAUUUCGGUUUCUAUACCUAUUGGGCAAAAGGACAGGCAGUCUCAUCUUCCGGGCUCCUGGCCUAAGACAAGCAUGUGUUUUGGCACUAUUUCCCCAUAGGCUAGAGUUCCCUCUGAGUCUCAUGCUCAGUUCCAGGCACCACACAUCCAUUCACAUGACACUGCUCCUGCUCAUCACUGCUCUGAGCACUGAAAGCGUAGGAACUGAAGUCUAGUAAGGUAAAGAGCUAUGAAAAAAAAAGGGGGGGGGUUAGGGCAGUGUGGCCAGGGUUAGAAUACUCUCUAUGAAGUAGGCAAACAAGAACUGUCAAACUCUGGAGACACUUCUCUGUUCCCCUGUAAGUGCGGAAUAACAAAUGUUCUGGAAAAAGUUGUCUGUAGUGUUUAAAGUGUAAAACCUUGUUCCUAAGGUGGGAAUUCUGUUUCCCUUUAUUUGGGGAAGAUUCCCUCCCGGAUACAGUAUGUUGAUAUUCCCUCUGCCACCUUACUUCUAAGGAGCUUGUUAGGAGUUUGUUGGCCUGAGUUUCAGCUCAUAUUAGAUGUAUACCAUCCCUUGAUUUUAAAAUUCCAUUGACAAUUUUGAACUUUAAAGUUUUAAUGGCCCUGGAGCUUUUUAUGGUCAUGAUACAAAGAUAACAGGCUGCUAGGUUUGGAUAAGAAAUUCUUUAGCACCUAAGUUUAAAGAAUAAGCAGUGUGUUGUGUUUUUGUUGCUUUGUAUAUACUUCAUGAUAAUUACUAGCAUUUGUGUAGCUCAAUUUAUUACUUCUAGAGGAAUUUUCAUCUUUGCUGCUCUGGAUGACUAUAGAGUCCCAGAGUACUUUAUUGGCAAGAGUUAGCUAUUCUGUUGAUAUUACAAUAUUACCUAAAAUGGAUGGUUUUCUCUUAAAUUUUAGGUACUGAAGCAACCACCUUUUUUGUUACACUUCUAGCACUUCACUCCAUCUACAACUUGUGAUUGUUGAUGCCUAGUCAGGAAUGCUGAGCAUGAGGCAGAACCACAGAAGUCACUCCUUACCAGUGUCCCUCUGGGCUUUGGGUAGGACCAUCUAGACUGAUUAGGACUGCUAGUGAGAGGUGCUGAUGGGAGGCAGGGUGCCUAGGAUACCACAGACUGCCAGUCAUUUGGGUGUCUGUUGAUAGUUCCCAUAACUAUUUUCUGACUUCUGAGUAUUCUUAAUAGUUUGAGUUUUUCCUUGGUCAUUUCUCACUGGCUUUAAACAGCUGUGCCAUGGUUAUUGUCCUUCUUCCCCAUGUUCUCACCUCCAUGAAGAGCAGAACACUGAUAGCAUGCCUGGGGCUGUGUUAGCACAGCCAGCAUCAGGCAGAGGGAAAGGUGUCACAGAGAGUGUGGUAUUAGAAAUGGGCCCUUGUUUUGUGGCCUAUUACAACAGAAGAAGAAAUCUAAGGGCAUUCUAUUUAUUUAAAAAAAAUUCUCCAACUGUAUAUUCUAUAUGAAAGCAAUUAAAAAUCAAGUCAUAAAAAUUCAAAUAUCCUGUAGUCCUACCAUCCAAAGACAUGUACUUGUAGAGCUUUCCCCUUGCCUGUCAGAAGGGCAGCUUCAGCUUCAGGGAUCAAAUAGCAGCUGUGAAGUUUUACCUUGAUGGAGCUUCAGAUCAAUGGUGUGCAGUAAGCCAUGUCACAAAAUGCUAGAUGACAUUGUGAGGUUUUAUUUGUAGUUAGGAUAUUGCCAUCAUUUUGUAGCCCAGGUUAGCCUUGAGCUCACAGUAGUCUUUCUGCCUCAGCUCCUUGAGUGCUAGGAUUACAGGUAUAACUCUGACACUAGGGUGCAUGACAUUUAACCUUUUGGAUCACUCAGGCAGCAGAAGGUGUGCUAGAAAGCUGGGGAGACUGUCAGUCACAAUGAUGGCUAAAUUCAUAGUUUUAGGCAGCUGUAAGAGAAAUAGAAAUGGUGGGGAACCUUGUCUUACCUAUGGAGAGUCCCUGCUAGGGUCUAGUAGAAGGGCAGUAACUGUUUCUGGCUGUGAUAGGAAGGAUGCCCUCUUUAAUAGUCGGACUUGACUGGGAGUUAAAAAAUACUUGUGUGACAGGGCUGGAGAGAUGUCUCAGUGGUUAAGAGCACUGACAGCUCUUCCAGAGGUCCUGAGUUAAAUUCCCAGCAACUACAUGGUAGCUCACAACCAUCUAUAAUGGGAUCUGAUCCCCUCUGGUGUGUCUGAAGAUAGUGACAGUGUACUCAUAUACAUUAAAAAAAAAUAAAAAAAUUGUGUGCCAGCCACUGACCUAGGUGCUAAGGAUAGAACAGAAAACAAGACAGACAUGGUCUUGCCCUUGGGUAGAGAAAAUCGUCAUUUGAACAACUGCUGCUAGGCCUCCAACUGUGCUGAGGGCCUUGCAGGUGGGACAUAAACAGGGCACCUUUGGGGCAGUGAGUGGCUGUUAAAUGAGAAGCUAACACUGCAUGAUAGAGACCAGAGGAGCAGCUCAUGCCCAAGUCGGGGACAAGAGACAUUUCAUGUUUAGGAAGUGUCAGGAGUGAAGGGCUCAGAAGGAAGCUAGUUUCAUAAAGAGUCAUCACUAGGUGGGCGUGCUGUGUCCCUGCUCUGAGGUUGCCACGAUCCUGGCCUCUGACUGGCUUGCAAAUCUUGCAGCAGGGACUGUUGAGUAGUGGAUUGGGCUGAAGCCUGCUGUGAGACCUGGGUGGAGAGAACAGCGUCUUCAUUCAUGUGUCAGUCAGCAUGUCUGUCUCAGGGUCCUGCCCAAAGCUGUUUGGAGAGCAGAGAGCCUAAGCUUUUGAGCCAGGUUAGAUGCUCUUAGCUGAGGAGAGUUUCUACUCACAGCCACAAGAUCUGCUGAAAGACAGCUAUGGAACCACCAGAGAAGUAUUCCAUGUUUGUGGCACAGCAGGCCUUUGUUAUAGAAAGUGGUACAUUAUAAAUAGCAAUAUAAUAUUGCUGUAUGUAAGAUGCUCUGAGUAUUUGGAAAUGCCUGAUGACAUUAAUUAAUAGUUUCCACAAAGAUGAUUUGUUGUUACACGCGUUUCUGUUGGGUAUCAUUUUGUAACCCAUAGAAAUCACUGAGUUUUAAGUUGGUGUUGCAGUAUCCAGACCCAUUCCUACAAUAUGCACAACAUCUUAGAGCCCAUCUGAAAAGGCAGAGGUACCAGCAGUUCCCUCGUGAAUAUACAGCACCCUGGUCCCCAGCUUCUCAUCAUCAGAGGAAAGCCUGGUGAGCACAUUGCUACAACAUCAAGUCUCAGCAGACAGCUGAGUAAUGACAGACGGGCUGGUACAUGGCAGAAUCAAGAGGAGGUGAGAGAUCGUAUGCCAUCUGUGUGAGCUACCCACAACCUGGUGGAUGCCGGGCAGCUUAGAUCACAAUUGAGUUGGAAUUUGAUUUGAAGCCUCAAAAUAAAACUGCUACUCCAUGGAAACAGCCCAUACAGAUGCUUUGUAAAAUCUCUUGAUUUGAUUGGAUACUGCUUUCUUACAGAAUUUUAGAGAAAAUUCUAACUCCAUAGAGACAGUAAACUUAAUCGCUGAGGCCUCCGCAGUGCCUUUAGGGGUGUCAUUUAUUAGCUGUGUAACUUCCAGCCUACAUACCACUCUUUUAGAGCCUUAAUCUACUCUAUCAGAUAACUAAUCCUGCACAUGUCAUAGAGUUGUUGGGAGAAUUAAAUGAGAUAAGAUACAUAAAGCAGCUGCUAGCAGAACAUCAGAAACCACAGCUCAGCUUUACAGCAGACAAAGUCUUUGCUCAAGUUGGGGUGCCUAGUGAGUCCUCCAGAGGAAGUUACUUCAAUGGAAGCAGGAGAUGCUACUAAGAGAAGGUUCUAGGCAAAGAAGCAGUGACCUGCAGGGACUACAGCUCUAAUAUGUGCAUAGGUGCCACCUGGGAAGAUAUCUCUCCUUUCCUCACCCCUGCUACAGGUGGAAAAACCUUGUGGUGGUGGUCAAGAUUCACUUCUUUAUCCUGCCAGGAGAGAGCAGCCCCUGAAAAGUGACCAGGACCCUGAGAAGGAGCUCCCACCUCCACCUCCUGCUCCCAAGCAGGAGGUUCCAUCCCAAGGGAGCCCAGCAGUGAUGCCAGAUGUCAAGGAGAAAGUGGCAGAACUGCUGGGCAAGUACUCAAGUGGCCUUUGGGCAAGUGCGCUCCCCAAAGCAUUUGAGGACAUGUACAAAGUCAAGUUCCCUGAGGAUGCCUUAAAAAAUCUCGCCUCGCUCUCUGAUGUGUGCACCAUAAACUACAUUUCUGGAAACACCCAGAAGGCAAUUCUCUAUGCGAAACUCCCAUUGCCCACUGACAAGAUCUUAAAGGAUGAAGGGCAGGCACAAGGAGAUUUUGACAUCAAGUCGAUGAUUGAACAAGAGUAUUUGCAGAUAGAAAAAAACAUGGCUGAAAGUGCUGAUGAGUUUCUGGAGGACAUAACUGUGCCGCCUCUGGUAAUUCCUACCGAGGCCUCACCGUCUGUGUUGGUGGUUGAGCUGAGCAACACAAAUGAUGUGGUUAUCAGGUAUGUAGGCAAAGACUACUCAGCUGCUCAGGAACUGAUGGAGGAUGAGAUGAAGGAGUUUUACAGUAAGAACCCCAGAGUCACACCGAUCCAGACUGUGCACGUGGGGCAGCUGCUGGCAGUCAAUGCAGAGGAGGAUGCCUGGUUGCGAGCACAGAUCAUUUCCACGGAUGAGAACAAGAUAAAGGUGUGCUAUGUUGACUAUGGCUUUUGUGAAAACAUUGAGAAGAGUAAAGCGUACAGACUGAACCCACGGUUCUGCUCGCUUUCCUUUCAAGCCACCAAGUGCAAGCUGGCAGGGUUGGAGGUUCUGAAUGAUGACCCUGACCUUGUGAAGGCGGUGGAAUCACUAACAUGUGGGAAGAUCUUUGCUGUGGAGAUCCUGGACAAGUCAGAUGUCCCGCUGGUGGUGCUGUACGACACGUCAGGAGAGGACGAUAUCAACAUCAAUGCCACCUGCCUCAAGGCAAUAUGUGACAGAUCUCUACAAGUUCAUCUCCAGGUGGAUGCCAUGUACACAAAUGUCAAAGUGACCAACAUUUGCUCUGAUGGAACACUCUACUGCCAGGUGCCCUGCAAGGGUCUGAAUAAACUCAAUGACCUUCUGCAUAAGACAGAGGACUACUUCCACUGCAAGCACAUGACCUCUGAGUACUUCAUCUCGCUACCCUUCUGUGGGAAGAUCUGCCUCUUCCAUUGCAAAGGGAAAUGGUUACGAGUGGAGAUCACUAAUGUUCAUAGCAGCCGUGCACUCGACGUUCAGUUCCUGGACUCUGGCAAUUCGACAUCCGUGAAAGUGUCAGAACUCAGAGAAAUCCCACCGCGGUUCCUGCAGGAAAUGCUUGCCAUACCCCCUCAGGCUAUAAAGUGCUGCUUGGCUGAUCUUCCACAGUCCAUUGGCAUGUGGACACCAGAUGCUGUUCUGUGGUUAAGAGAUUCUGUUUUGAAUUGCUCGGACUGUAGUAUUAAGGUUACAAAAAUGGAUGAGACCAAGGGGGUUGCCUAUGUGUACUUAUUCACUCCCAAUAACUUCCCGGAUCCCCAUCGCAGUAUUAACCGGCAGAUCACAAACGCAGACCUGUGGAAACAUCAGAAGGAUGUGUUUCUGAGCGCGGUGUCUACUGCGGCCAGUUCCCCUGGCAACAGGAAUGGUGGCACACCUGCUCCGGGCAGCCCUGCAGAGAGUCUCAGAAAGAGCCACCCAGAGGUUAUCAAGAAGUCUGUCCUGGACCAUACCAGCUCUUUCUCCUUGGAGGAACUGCCCCCUCCUGUCCACCUGUCAAGGUCAGGGGAACACAUGGAUGUGUAUGUGCCUGUGGCCUGUCACCCAGGCCAUUUUGUCAUCCAGCCCUGGCAGGAGAUCCAUAAGCUAGAAGUGCUGAUGGAAGAGAUGAUCCUGUACUACAGCGUGUCCGAGGAGCGCCACAUAGCGGUGGAGCGAGACCAAGUGUACGCAGCCAAAGUGGAGAAUAAGUGGUACAGGGUACUUUUAAAAGGAAUCCUGACCAAUGGGCUGGUGUCUGUGUACGAGCUGGACUACGGCAAGCAUGAGCUCGUCAACAUAAGGAAAGUGCAGCCCCUAGUGGACGUGUUCCGAAAGCUGCCCUUCCAGGCGGUCACCGCUCAACUGGCAGGCGUGAAGUGCAGCCAGUGGUCGGAGGAGGCUUCGAUGGUGUUUCGAAAUCACGUGGAGAAGAAAGCCCUGGUGGCGUUGGUGCAGACAGUUGUUGAGCACACUAAUCCUUGGGACCGGAAAGUGGUGCUCUAUCUCGUAGACACGUCGCUGCCCGACACUGACACCUGGAUUCAUGACUUUAUGUCACAGUAUCUGCUAGAGCUUUCGAAAGUUAAUUAAUCACUGCUUGAGAUGUUGACCGCUAAUGAGAUUGUUCUCAAAGCAAUAAUACAAAAUGUGUAGGAGGGUCUUAAAACAUCUUAUUUUUACUACAUGGCUCUGACUGUUGUGGAGGAUUGAAAAGAAUAUGCUUUGUUUGAUGAAAGAUAUUUAACAAGUUUUGUUUAAUGCAGUUGACUUUUCAAAGAAAAAUUGCACUUGAAUUAUUAAUAUAAUAUUAGAAUAAAAUGUUUAGCAAUAUAAAACCUGA